UGGCAUUUAGCUCCUUUGAUUUUCGUUUUUCCUAUAAUUAUUUUUUGAAAUGAAUUUUUGAUUGAUUUUUAGAUUUUUCUAUGUUAAUAUCUUCUCGGUGUAAGCGGAUCCUCUCAGAAAAUGAAGUCUACUAUCCAAUCUGGAGAUCGAGAAUUUUUUAUUCAUAAUUGUGUUCGUUUUCGUGUACUCCGUAUAUAUUUAUAUUUUUUCAGUAUUUUUUCCAAUAUUUUUUUCCAGUAUUUGUAUUAUUUUUACAUUUCUUUAUUUGUCGGUGGAUAGAUCUUCACUUUAUCUAUCAGAUAUAAGAACACCGAUUAGAUAUGAAUUUGUUAUCAGUAUAUACUUUUUAUUCACUUUUCUUGGAUUUCUCUAUGUUAAUAUAUUCUCGGCGUAGACAGAUUCUCUCAGAAGAUGUAGUUUACUAUCCAAUCUGGAGAUCGAGAAUUGUUUAUUCAUGAUUGUUUUCGUUUUCAAGUAUAUAUUUAUAUUUUUCAAUAUUUUUUCAAGUGUUUGAAUUAUCUUUACAUUUUUUUGUGCUCGGUGGAUAUAUUUUCAUUUUAUCUUUCAGAUCUAAGAACACUGAUUACAUAUGAAUUUAUAUUCAAUAUAUACCUAUUUUAUUAACACCUUUUUUGGAUUUUUCUAUUUUAAUAUGUUAUUGGCGUAGACAGAUUCGCUCAUAAAAUAAAGUCUGCUAUCUAAUCUAGAGAGCCACAAUUGUUUAUGGGCUGUUCAUGCAUGCAUUAAUAUUUCAGUUUUUAUAAGUAUUUAUUUCGUUUUUUCCCCUUUUGUGUCGGUGGAUCAAUUCACAUAUCUGUAUGUUCAAAUCAUCGAUCUGUAUUUUAAAAGUCCAUUUACUAAAAGAAAACAAUAUCCAUGUCGGGACGGAAUGUGAUAGACACGGACAGUCCAUGUCUUCCAAGUGUGUCCACAUACCCGCUCUUACUUUGUUUCCUGAAUUACUCAUUCUCUCAAUGCUAAAUUCUCCAGAGGAUGAAACGAAAACGGAUUGUGAUUCGGAUGUUGUGGUGUAUAUAUAACCUUGAAAUGAUUGGGAAGUUAUUAAGGGGAGAGUGGGAAGUUGCUGGAAAAUUACUGAUUUAAAAAAUGCUCCAUUUCACA